AUGGAAAACGCGAAGGUACUUGACGUUCUUUCGCUACCCCAUCAACCUCCUUUGAAAGAAGAUGAAGACCUGUUUGGCAUCGUGCAGGAAACAAUGAACGCCCUAUAUGCCGGACCGUUGUCUGUUGACAAAAAUGAUAUUGAAGCCAAUGAGCUUCUCCAACUUCUUCAAAGCGUUCACCUGUGUGCCUUUUUCGAGACCUAUACCGAAGUGGCUACAAGAAACUUUCACAUGCCUGAGAUAACCGAAUCGGCUUUCUACAACACGUCCGGAUUGGGCGCGUAUGGCACCAUAGGAAGUUUGGCCGCAAGUCGUGGCCAGAUUGCACCUUCGACCGGAUUGAGUAAUGGAGAUUUGCUCAACGGAGUUGCUGACCCGAGCUUGGUGAAUGCAUACAGUACAUCUAGACCGGUUCUGUCGCUUCCUGGAACCACGCCAGGCUACAUAGAUCUGCGCAAAACAGAGGCAACCUUGACAGGUGGUGGAGUGGGACCGGCACUUCCUCCUGUAGAGGGGACCAUGAAAAUUAUCAGCUUUGAAAAAAAUCUGGGUGAAGAUUUGGGAAUAACGAUUGUGCAACAACCGUAUGUAUCAGCUCAUUAUGGACUGGUAAAUGAACUCGUAGUGAAACGGAUCCUCACGGCUUCUCGAAUUGAACAACAAGGGUUGUUGCAUGAAGGAGAUGUCAUUCGGGAGGCCAACGGUGUCCCCGUCGACAAUCCUCAGACCUUACAAAGACUGUUAAGGAAUGCCACUGGUACGGUUACCUUGAAAAUCAUUCCGGGUUAUCAGUCAACUCCUCUGACAUCACAGCUUUUUCUACGCGCCUACUUUUCCUACAAUCCUAAAAAUGACAAUCUCAUUCCAUGCAAGGAGGCUGGAUUACCUUUUGAAGCUGGAUCCGUACUCCAAGUCCUAAAGCAAGAGGAUCCUCAUUGGUGGCAAGCUCGACAUUAUGGACAUCAGCAAAGGGCUGGCCUCAUUCCAUCGGUUGUGUUACAGGAACGUCGUCGAGCUUUUAACCAAAGUGCACCACAUCCGGAGGAACUUACAUACAAACUGGUUGCCUGCGGUCUAGCCAGACGCAGACGAAAAAAGGUAGUAAUACCAUUCCGGGCACGUGAUGCCGAAGAAUAUGAAAACAAAGAUCUGGUGAUCUACGAGGAAGUGGCUUUGAUUUCCGGAUUUCAACGUCCCGUGAUUUGUUUGGUCGGUGCCGAUGGUGUGGGACGUCGGUCGAUGCGGCGAAUGCUGGUGCGAUCCAAUCCAGAACGCUACGGUGUGCCUGUACUGCAUACAACCAAAGAACCGGACCCAGACGAAGAAGAUGACACAGAAUUCGUUAUUGACACGCAUGAGAAUAUGGAAAAUGAUGAUCUGCACAACAGAUACCUUGAAUUUGGAGAAUAUGAAGGACAUUACUACGGGACGAAACUGGACAGUAUUCGACAGGUGGUCGGUUCCGGACGGACAUGUCUACUGACCUGUACAGUUCAGGCAAUCCCAAAGAUCCGAAAUUCGGAGUUCAUGCCGUACGUCGUGUUUCUGGCCGCUCCGUCUGUCAGUUGUAUGAAAGCCAUGUACGAGUACGGAAUGAGUAUGCGAUUCACAGACAAAUGGAAGCGAGACGAGAAUUUUCGACGCACUUUGGAGGCUAGCAAAUCUAUCGAACAGAACUAUCGCCACUUGUUAGAUUUGAUUCUUCUCUGUGACAACAUCGAAGCGAAUUUCGAGCGCUUGUCACAUGCGCUGAAUGAUUUGCUAACUCAACCGCAAUGGGUACCAGCGAAAUGGCUUUAUUGA